UGUAUAUAUAUAUAUGCAUAUAUAUAUGUAUAUACGUUCAGUGUGUGUUUUUUUUUCGUCUUUUUUGGAGUGCGUCUUGGUCUCGGUGACAACAGAUACAACUUAUUGACGGAGAGCCACAGAUACAGCUGCAGCAGCUACGAAUACGCCAGAGACACUAUAGCAGCAGCAGCAGAAGCAGAAACAGCACUAUAGCGUUUUAUAUAUAGACAGCGUCGGUUUUUGUUUAAGUUGCGCGGUUUUAGUUUAGUUGCGCGUGUUUUGUUGCAGCGACUGCAGCGGUCGCAGCUGCUGUGAAAAUCGCGCUCGCCGCUAACGACGACGACGUCAACGACGACAACAACGUGCGAAUUUGUUAUUACAAUUUGUUUGUUUGGAGCCCAAGGGUAACAUUGGACAUUGGAAAUUCUGCCACCCCCCACCCACCUACAAGAGCUCAGCUCAGCUCUGUUCAGCUCUGUUCAGUUCAGUUCCACAGCAUCAUCUCCAGUUCUGAGCUCCGUAUUUCAAGCCCAGGCACAGGCAAGCCGCCCAACUGCAACUAACCAAGUGGAGAACCUGUUCUAGGUCUCUGUGCCUGUGUCUGUCUGUCUGUCUGUGUCUGUAUCUGUAUCUGUAUCUGGGUGUUUGUGUGAGUGUACGUGUGUGCAUGUGUGUGUGCUUGUAUGUUAUUGUCGCUGCUGAUACUACGGCCGCUUAUGCAAAUUUAUAAGCCAGAGCGACGCUCGCACACCUAGCCCUGGCACUGGCACUAACACUGGCAGCUGACUUGCAACAGCCGCAGCACUCGCCGCAUCUGACGCAGAACAAUGAAAGUUCAGCAGCUGUGACGCAAAAUACAAUAACAACAAAAACAACAGAGCUAACGACAGCGACAGCAAGAACGCGGGAGCGUAGAAGGCAAAGAAAACGACGCAGAACACAGGACGAGAGGACUAGAGGACGAGGUCGAGCCACCAGAUUCAACAGCCGCAAAACCCAAGUGGAUUCUGAUUGAUAUGCGUCGGCUGUGUGUUAUCAUUAACAACGACACCUCCAACAACAACAACAACUACAACAUCGAAAACAAAACUAAAUUGAAGAUCACAUUAAGAGCAAACGCCUAGCCGUCUUACGUUUACCAACACUGCCGCACAGCGUGUCUUCUCAUAAUACAAGAACAACAACAACAACUACAACAGCCACAACAAAAAAAAAAAGACUACUUUUUCUCGCACUUGCACUCCCACUAAAGCCAAAACCGUGCCAAGAUGUAUAAGCUAUUGGGCAGCCUGAAGAGUUACCUCAAAUGGCAGGACAUACAAACGGAUAACGCCGUAUUCCGCUUGCACAACUCCUUUACCACGGUGCUCCUGCUCACCUGCAGUCUGAUCAUCACGGCCACCCAAUAUGUGGGCCAGCCGAUCAGUUGCAUUGUGAAUGGCAUACCACCGCAUGUGGUAAACACAUUCUGCUGGAUCCACAGUACUUUCACCAUGCCCGAUGCAUUUCGCAGACAGGUCGGACGCGAAGUGGCGCAUCCUGGCGUGGCCAAUGAUUUUGGAGAUGAGGACGCAAAGAAGUACUAUACCUACUAUCAGUGGGUGUGCUUCGUCCUCUUCUUUCAGGCCAUUGCGUGCUACACUCCAAAGUUUCUUUGGGACAAGUUUGAGGGCGGCCUGAUGCGAAUGAUUGUCAUGGGUCUGAACAUAACGAUCUGUACGCGCGAGGAGAAGGAAGCUAAACGCGAUGCACUGCUCGACUAUCUGAUCAAGCAUGUGAAGCGCCACAAGCUGUACGCCAUACGCUACUGGGCCUGUGAGGUGCUGUGCUUCAUCAACAUCAUUGUGCAAAUGUAUUUGAUGAAUCGCUUCUUCGACGGGGAGUUCAUGUCGUAUGGCACGCGUAUAAUGCAGUUGUCGGAUGUGCCGCAGGAGCAGCGCAUCGAUCCCAUGGUAUAUGUGUUUCCACGGGUCACCAAGUGCAUCUUCCACAAGUAUGGUGCUUCCGGAUCGCUGCAGAAGCACGACUCGCUCUGCAUCCUGCCGCUGAACAUUGUGAAUGAGAAAACGUAUGUGUUUAUUUGGUUCUGGUUUUGGAUUCUACUCAUCCUGCUCAUAGGCCUGAUGAUUUUCCGCGGCUGCAUCAUCUUCAUGCCCAAGUUCCGGCCACGUCUUCUGAAUGCACGCAAUCGCAUGAUUUCCAUGGAUACUUGUCGCGUGCUAUCACGCAGACUGGACAUUGGAGACUGGUGGCUCAUCUAUAUGCUGGGUCGCAAUCUCGAUCCGGUCAUUUACAAGGAUGUGAUGGCCGAGUUUGCCAAGCAGGUGGAGCCCUCGAAAUAUGAACGCACCAAAUGAUUGGCGCACCAUCAGGCCCAUGAAUUAUUAUUAUUUAGCACAAAUCAUGACAAUUAGUUGAAAAGAGAAAGAAAAAAAGAAAACACAACAGCAACCGAAACCGAAACAAUAUCUGCAACAAUAUGCAACGCCUGAUCACAACAAGCCCAGCACCGCCCCGCCCCAACCCAUUCCAUUUCCGAUAAUUCGACAAUGAAAAAAUCUAACGUAGUUCUGUGAUUCAACGCAUUAAUCCGAAAGUUCUUCGUGUUGCAGCCUUUGGGGCAAAAAAAAAAACAACAACAACAACAAAAGAAACACAAAGUUCAAAAGGCUGGCAUAUGCCUGCGCCCAUGCGCCGCCCACUGAAUACAAACUAACAUGCAACUGGAAUCGUUGUGUGCGCCCUAACUUGGACCAAUUCUUAAUCAAUGAUCACAACUCGAAUCGCAUGGACAGCAAAGAAAAUGAGAAAAGAACCGAGAUUUUCCUUUGAACGUUUUCUGCUAUAAAACAAAAAAGAAGCAACUAAA